AUGCUCAGUUCGGUGUGUGUCUCCUCUUUCAAAGGGCGCAAGGGUGGGAACAAGUCGGCUAACAAAGCAUGUUCCAGCGCAGACAUGACUUGUCCGUCAUCAGACAGCGAGAAAAUCGUGAUAAACUGCGGUGGAAUUCGACACGAGACGUACCGCAGCACGCUCAAGACGCUGCCCGGUACCCGCUUGUCCUGGCUAACGGAACCAGACGCGUAUAGCAAUUUCGACUACGACCCCAAAACUGACGAAUUCUUCUUCGACCGUCACCCCGCCACUUUUUCUUUCAUUCUGAACUAUUACCGCACAGGGAAGUUGCACUGUCCCAACGAUGUGUGCGGUCCGCUCUUUGAGGAGGAGCUCGCUUUUUGGGGCAUCGAUGAGACGGACGUGGAGGCAUGCUGCUGGAUGAACUACCGCCAACACAGGGAUGCCGAGGAGGCACUGGACAGUUUUGAAACCCCCGAGCCGGAGGAACCUGAAAUCGACCCGGCGCUCACGGGGGGCGCUGACGGGGACCUGAAGCGUUUGUGCCUGCAGGAAGACGGUCGCAAGCCCAGCUGGUGGAGCGUGUGGCAGCCCUAUAUGUGGAACCUCUUCGAGGAUCCGUACUCUUCCAAAAAUGCCCGGUAUGUGGCGUUUCUCUCCCUCUUAUUCAUCCUCAUCUCAAUCUCUACAUUCUGCCUGGAGACGCAUGAGGCCUUCAACACCAUCUACAACAAGACGGAGAACGUCACCGUGGGUAAUGUCACGAAAGAGGAGAUCGUGUGGGAGGUGGAGACGGACCUCUGGCUCACGUACGUGGAGGGCGUCUGCGUCAUCUGGUUCACCAUCGAGGUGAUGGCCCGCGUCAUCUUCUGCCCCGACAAGGCCGAGUUCUUCCGGAGCUCGCUCAACAUCAUUGACUUCGUGGCCAUCAUGCCCUUCUACCUGGAGGUGGCGCUGAGCGGCCUCUCCUCCAAGGCGGCCAAGGACGUGCUGGGCUUCCUGCGCGUGGUGCGCUUCGUGCGAAUCCUCCGUAUCUUCAAGCUGACGCGCCACUUCGUGGGCCUGCGGGUGCUCGGCCACACGCUGCGCGCCAGCACCAACGAGUUCCUCCUGCUCAUCAUCUUCCUCGCGCUGGGCGUCCUCAUCUUCGCCACCAUGAUCUACUACGCCGAGCGCAUCGGCGCCGACCCCGCCGACCCCACGGCCAGCGCCCACACCACCUUCAAGAACAUCCCCAUCGGCUUCUGGUGGGCCGUGGUCACCAUGACCACGCUGGGCUACGGGGACAUGUACCCGGAGACGUGGUCCGGCAUGCUGGUGGGCGCGCUGUGUGCCCUGGCGGGCGUGUUGACCAUCGCCAUGCCCGUGCCCGUCAUCGUCAACAACUUUGGCAUGUACUACUCGUUGGCCAUGGCCAAGCAGAAGCUGCCCAAGAAGAAAAACAAACACAUCCCUCGCGCCCCGCAGCCGGGCUCGCCCAACUACUGCAAGCCAGACGCCCUCGCCAUGGCGACCGCCUCACCGCACAGGCUCAUGGGAAACGUGCUGGGCAACAUUGGGGUGUCCGGCAGCAUGGGCGGAGACUGCCCUCUGGCCCAGGAGGAGAUCAUAGAAAUCAACCGAGCAGACUCCAAGCAGAAUGGCGAUGCUGCGAGCGCAGCCCUGGCCAAUGAGGACUGCCCCACCAUAGACCAGGUGCUGGGCCCGGAUGACCGCAGUCCGGCCACAGGGGGGCUUGGCACGGGCCGCGAGCGCUACCCCCAUGACCGCGCCUGCUUCCUGCUCAGCACUGGGGAGUUCCGCACCACAGACAGCAAUGUCAGGAAAGUGUUGAGUUUCUAAAUUUCCUCACUUUCUCUCAAAAAAGAAGACAGAAAAUUAUACCAUUUAUCCAGAGCCUGUCAUUGGGAGCACCAUUAGAAGAACUACAACUUACAAGUAGAAGACAGGGAGGGAGAGAGAGAGAAAGAGAGUGAAAGACCUGGGGAAAAGAAGACUCUGGGGAAAAAAAGAAGAGAGUCACUUGUUUGGUAUUCUACGUGAAAUACAGUCACAGAGACAAAUAGUGGACAAAUACGAAACAUAGCAAAAUAAUAACAAUUGUCAUGAAAUUGGACCUCACCGGACUUACACGCGAACUCUAAACUGAAUGCUUUGGAUCGUAUACACUAUAUAAACACAGAGAGACACGCAAAAACAAAAUCAGAGACAGAAAACUUGGGACUUGUGGGUAAUGUGACUGCUACUGUAUAGCUAACAGAGUGGUCAAAGCUGCUCCAGCGUUCACUGAUCGUUGUAACUAAAACUGCUGGGGAAUGUAGCCACUGUUGUCCACUCCAAAUUAUUUUGGCCUCAGAUGUGGACAAGCCCACAGAUUUCGGCACCUUACAUCCAAAGAUGUACACACAUAUACACACACACACAUGCCCACACAUACACAGCGCAAAUUGCUCUUCAUGGCGACUUACAAACAAGUACCAGUCUUGGGGACUCUGUGAUGUGGACUUGUGACUCAGCUAAACAGAAAAGUGGAAGAAGAAGAGAGGUGCUGAUGAUUGCCCUGUAUUUUGGGGUGGUCAGUUGCCCUUUGUUUCUCUCUCUCUCUCUCUGUGUCUCUCUCUCUCUUCUCUCCUACCGGUCAUGCUAUUGUGUUUCCUCCCUCCCCCCCCUCUCUCUCAACCUCCACCUGUCUGCAUCUCGGCGUGUCUACUCUGUAGUGAACUGCAUGGCAUGAAAAAAAACUCAAGCAAGGAAGUAGAGAACAAGUAGACGGAGGAAGAGACUUCAGUUAGCAAACAAAGGCGCAUUCGCGUUGUCCUUUUUUUUUUUUUUUCUUCGAUUACAAAAAAAAAAAAUCUCUGAUCUUGAAGUUGGCUCAUGGCACGAGCCCAGCUGCUGACAAAGAGUUUAGAGUGGACAAAAGAAAGAAGAACAGCGGCUCUCCUUCCCUGGGGAUGACGUGUUGGAGCUGAAAGAGGAAAAGGAAGAGGAAAAAAAAGACGCAUGGUGCCAAUAGAAGAACAGCAAAUGGAAGUGUGGCGAACUUUGAUGAACAAUUCAGAAAAAAAAGAGAAAAUCGAAAAUGCAUUUUCUUACUUUGUUUACCAGCAUGACUAAUUUGCAUGACUCUACUUCUGCAAGCCGUGGCCCCUGAAAAAAGCAAGGGGCUCGGAAUCCCUUCAAAAACAAAACCAAAUGGGGAAAAACAAAAAGAGAUUUAUGUUAUAUGCAACUUAGAAAAGAAGAGGAUUAUAUUAAAAGAGGAUCUAUAUUUUGUUUUUGAAUACAAAAAAAUAAUAAUAAAAAUAUAAGAUUGCAAGAUAAACAAACUAUGUUUUAUUAGAUAUAAGGUAAGACACCCCACCAAAUGUACUGGAUGUGAACAAUUCUCUUGCUACUUCUGCUUCUAUAAUUACUUCUAUAACUACGACUGCUCUUGUUACUGAUCCUACCAUGAGGACUCUUGUUGUAUACGACUGUACUACUUCUCCUGCUUGCUCUUUCCUGCUGCACUGCUGUCAGCCUCUCUCGCCAUCGCCCCCUGCUGCACAGGCUGCAUCACAACAACUCUCCUCUCCCAUGUUGACCUCUCACUCCUCUGCACCCACAGCUGUGCGCUGACGUAUAGGAGGUCAAGGGUGAUCGCUUCACUGGAGGAGAUGCUACCCACACCAGUGCAGUUAAUGUGAAGUAGACUGUAAUAUUUUUGUUCCAUGUUUCUCUGUUUCUUGAUGAGUUGUACAUUCACAGCAGUUCAGUGUGUGGGUAGACAGUAUGAGAGGAGUUGAACAAACGUGUGCAGUUUUAGCCCAGCAAUACUAGUUCCAUAUAUCAUCCAAAGGGGGAGGUCAUGACAGAUUCCGUUCUCCAUCAUCACAACCUUGUAGCUGUCACAAGUUCACAACAAUGUUUUUGUCUCCUGCCCCUAUAUCACUUCGCACUUUUACUUUUCGCCAUGCUGCUGAAUUCAAAGGUUAUUUUUCAGCUCUUAUGUAGCUUAGCACUAAUGUGCUCAUGUUAAUAUUUUUGGCUCAAGUCUUCUCUGUCAAAUCAGUCAUUUUGGUUCUUAUGUCCUCAGGAUAAGAUUUGAUAUGAAAAAGACCGACAGGGAUAUGUGCAAAUGAGAUACACUGUGUUGACACAACAAAGGGGUUGUUCAUGCAGUUACUGUGUAUUAAGGUUUAGUCUCCACCUUGUGGAAUCCUGUGGUCUUGUACUUUCUCACCUCUCCUCCUGAGGGUACCCAACUUGUGAGGGCACCAAUAGAAAGAUAAAUCUAAAAGCCACAUCACACCAUAGUGAAGCUACUGUAUACUAGACUUGUUCUUACUGUCCAAAAUAUUCAAACAAACCUCAGAUUUCUUGUUUGGAGUUUAAAGAAUUAUUGGCACAUUAAUGAAUUACUUUUGAAUAAUGCAUUGCUCAUUAUACUGUUUGGAAAUGUCACAGUGACUAUUUAUUUGUCAUCAUUAUUAUUUACAAUCAGUACAAUUAAUUGUGCUGCUUUGUCGCUGUUCUUUUUCACUUCAGUGGCUAAUAUUGCAAUGGUGUUUGGCCAGAGAUAAGAUGUAGGGAGUAAUAUCUACAUCAUGGCCUUAAAUGAGACUUAAUUUCACCCAUAAGAAUUUCACCCACCUACUAUCAGUCAUAAGCAUCCAGUAGAUAGUAGUUGGAUAUGGGCUUGCAUAUGGAUCAAUUGAAUGAGGGCUGCAAUGACAAUUCGAGUUGUGUCAACCAGUGUGCUAAUUACCUGACCAGAAUCUUCACUAAGGUGAUCAGUAACCUAUGCAAGAGCGCAGCUGUAGUGUCAGGGCCUAUUUGCACAAGAACGUCUCAAAUUGGGUUGUAUCUAUCUGUUCUGGACACUUCAGCAGGGGUCACUAUAAGGUCAGUGAGUAGCUCCUAUGGUCACUUAAACCCCAGUCCUACUGUAGCCAUGCAUAAUGGUCCAUGACAGGGUCAUUGACUUCAGGUAAAAGAGUGAUGCAGUGGUAGGUUGCCCCUUAAGCAUCACUUACAUUGACAUUCAUUUCACCUCCCUGUUCUCCCAGCUCAACGUACUGGUCUCACAUCUCUGUCCCCCAGUAUCCCAGAUAGUUCAGUAAGGCCCCAGAAUGGAACUAAGCAAGAGAAUGGGUUUUGAUUUAGAGAGAGGGAAAUGGCAGCGGUGGACAUAGCAGUAUAAAUGUGUUACUAUCAAGGAGGAUUGAGGGGAGCUAUAAGAAAGGCCCAUUGAAGCCCCUUUUAACAGCAAAAACAAUUUCAUUCAGUCCAGGGUCUCUGAUAUAGAGCAAUAACAAGUCCACCAGUUCUCCACAGAGGGAUGCCCAUUGUAAUAUGGGGUGACAGCUUCCAAAGUCAGUUGGAACCGACCCACACAGAGAAAUAUCAGGGGAUCCUUGUGAAUGUCAUUGAUUGUAACUGCUACUAAUGUGUUACACACAGAGUGGCUUGUGUGCGCAAGUCCAUUUGCGUGUCUGUCAGUGUGUGUGUGUGUGUGUGUGUGUGUGUGUGUGUGUGUAUGUGUGCGAGUGUGUGUCUGCCUGUCUCUGUCUGAGCUUGGGGGGGAUGCAUCACGAGUGGAUCUGUGAUUUAGAGCAAUGCCACGCCCAUGUGAGGUGACUGACAGCUCCACUGUUUACUUGAAACCCAAAUAUAAAACAUAUCAGUGAGGAGCAGAACAAAUCGAGCCAGAUUCAGCUGCCACUCCCCUUCUCUCUUCUCCUCUUGUUUUCCCUCCAUGCCCACCUCUGUUGCUCUCCUUCCUCUACUGUUUUUUUGUUUAGGAAGAAGCUAUUUGGCAUCUGUUGUUCUCUUGUGUUCUUCUAUCAUAUUGUUUGAAGCUGAAUUAUAAUGCAUGCGUGGGGGAAAAAAGAAGACUUCAAUUUAUCUGUGAAUGACCAGAGUGAAAUAACCUUCUCUUUCACCUCUUUUCCUGCUCGGAUUCUCUCUCCAUCUGUUUUAAAAAGCAGAAGGAGGGAGGGCAAAACUGUAAGCAUUACUGUGAAUCACAAACUCACUUAAUCCGACAAUUUCAAAUGAAAAAGUCUUGAGCUUUUCCGUAUUAGCUUUCUUUAUUGAUUUAUUUAUGAACUUUUUUGUCAGGCUUUUCUUAUGUAUUUUGGCUGUUUAGUUGUUGGCCACCAUAUGAGUUUCGUGAAACAGGUGUUUCCAAGUGUUACAGGUUAAGCCAUGGAUAGAUAAGUGUGAGUGAAUAAGUCAAUAGACAUGUGGGUGCAUCAGACAACACACACAAAAAAAAAAACAUUUAACACACAAACGUAAAGACAUUCACUUACAUAUGUCAGAAACUAUGGCCAUAUAUUCAUAGACCUGUAUCAUUUUGUUUCUCUUUAUUUGCUACUAAAAGGCUAUCUCGUUUUGUUACGAAUGUGUUUUUUUGUUUGUUUGUUUUUUAAGAGAGCCUGCCUUAAAAUCUUUUUUUGUGGUGUACACAGGGACAAUUUACUGAACGGGCCUAUCGGGCUCAGGCCCAGGGGCUCUGAAGCCCAAGCCUCUGCAUGAAGUCACUACCAGAGCCAUAGAAAGAGAGAGUUGCGACACUCUUUGAUGUCACCGUCACACGAUCAAAAGUUCGAAAAAACCUGUGCUGAACCGCAGGAGGGUGGGAUGUGUUUCUGGAUGCGGGAGAGUGUAAUCAAUUAACUCAUCUACUGACCAAGAGAUUAGCUGUUUGAAGUUCCAAAACUCCCAUAACCCAGAAACUGGCAAUGGGAAAGCGCUGCCAUUUUUUUCCACGGUCUCCUAUGGGAGUGUCGCCACUCUGUUUUCUCUACCGCUCUGGUCACUACUAUGUUCCCCACCCGUACUCUUCUUUUUCCACAAAACCCGUCAGAAGUCAUCAUUUAAGGGGCUAUUUUUUUUUUUACAGUUUUCUUUUGGGGGAGCAUGCCCCUGGACUCUCUCAGCUUAACUGAGGGGGGCCUUUUUGUGUCUGUGCCCAGGGGCCCAGUGGUACCCAUAGUCCGUCCAUGGUUGUACAGUAGCCUACACACAAUCUAAGCUAAGUUCACCUGCAGCUAUGCUAACUGGUGGAGAUGCAGCAGCACCAACUCGUUGUCUUAUUAGGGGAGAGCGGGGACUGCAGGAGGAAAGAGAUGGUUAUUAUGAUGGUUGGAUGGUUUAUGCUUUGAAGACUGAUGCUGGAUAUGAUUUUAAAAUAUAAAAAAAGAAAAAAGUCUACAGAACUGUAUAAAAUAUAUUUCAAUGGAAUGUUUAUUACUUACCUUUUAUAUUUUUGAAACAAUGAAAAAAAUGAAUAAACAGUAAUUUAACAAAGUUUGUGAAAGGCGAGACUUACAACAGCUCUAUUAUUAAAGAAUGAAAGUUUGAAUGUGAAUGCUAACUUACCUGAUCAACUCUUCUCCAUCACACAUAGGAAAAAUAACAAUAAAAUAACAAAAACACAAAAUAAAUAGAAAAAAUACAACAAAACAUAUCAAAUUUAAAAAGAAAAGGUCCACAAAAAUCAAUAAAAACAAUAAAAGCUUAUGCCAAAAUUUUCA